AUGAUGAAACAUAUUGAACAUCGUGUACCAAUCCUCUAUGGUCCUCAAAUACCUCGGCGGGAUCGUGAAGACACNUAUAAUACACUUGCGUCUCAACAAGAGUUAUCUGGAGCGCAAGUUGCUUCGUAUCUUAUGAAUUGGGACGAUCAUUAUACGACACACAAAUUCCAAGGACUUUAUUUAAUUCAAACUGAAAGAUACUUACAGACAGAAUUGAAUGAAUUACGUGUCAAACGAAAUUUAGAAAGAGAUUCAUAUGAUGCCAUGGAUUAUGAUGAACGCAAUGAUAAUGUGCACAACGAUGGAAAUGAUAAUGAAGAAAAUUUUCAAAUUCAAUCUGUCGAAAAUGGAAACGAUUUCGUGCUAGUUAACGGAAGGAUUGAUUAUCAGUAUCGCUCAGGAACUCUCGAUAAUGUGUGCUUAUACGAUUUUGUUAGCGCAUUUUAUAAAAAAAAGAUUAACGCGUCUGAUUUAAAAUAUGUAGCUGAUAGCUCUAUAGGAAGAGAAGAGCAGGAUAAUCGCAGAGGUCGACCACCUAAUCAACGAUUUCCUUUUCAAAAACAACAUCCUCAAGCAACAACCUACCUAAUGAUGAAACAUAUUGAACAUCGUGUACCAAUCCUCUAUGGUCCUCAAAUACCUCGGCGGGAUCGUGAAGACACUCAAGAACGAUAUUGUCGAGCUAUUCUUACACUUUUUGUGCCUUGGCGAAAUGUAUCUGAUCUUUGCGAUGUCAACCAGAAAUGGGAAGACGCACUUAGCUCUCGUCAGCAUCAUAUAUCUGGGCACUCGCAGAAUAUCAUCGAUAAUAUUCAAAUUUUACAUGAGUGUAAGAAAGAUAGAGAUGAACACUUAGUGAAAGUGAUUACAGAAGCUCAAGUUGAGAACGACACAAUCGAGCCCGAACUGUUUCCAAAAAAUCAAAGUUCAUACGAUGAAUACGAUGAUACAAGUGACAGCGAAGAUUUACUUGAAUUGCUCGGUAAUUUAAACGAUUCUACUACAGUUGCAAUGAACAGCAUGANUUCUUGUAUAAUUAAACAUUUUCUCUAUUAG